CUGACUCAUCUUAUACUGAUGAAUAAGAUGAAAAGAAAAUAGGACAUGGAAAGAGAGAAAGAGGUUUACAGAAGAGUCCACCGAUCACAGGAGAGAGAGUUUAAGAGAAAGAUUGUAUAUAUUGGCAGCAUUGGUGCAUGUGGAAGUGUGUGCGUUUGUGGCAGCUUUAUUGGACAACGGGGAGACAUCCAGUCACUGCUUUUCUUUGGUGUGUGGAAAAUUUGUACGCUUGGGAGAACUUUGGAGUGACACUGUAGUGUGGGUUUUGGACACUGUUUUCCUUGUUUCCUGAUCCUUCUUGGAUUGAGUUUGGAUUUUGAUGCUUGAGACGUCAGAGAUCUUCGGCUCUUUGGGUGGCUUCUUGCUUUCAAGUUUUAGUAGAUUUUCUUGCAGGAGUUGGUUUCCGAGGAGGAGGAGGAGGAGGAGGAGAAGAGAGGUGAUGGCCGGACGUGGUGGUGGAGGAGCUGCGCCUGCGCCCAAACAGGACGAGCUGCAGCCCCACCCAGUGAAGGAUCAGUUGCCCAAUGUUUCCUACUGCAUCACCAGCCCUCCUCCCUGGCCUGAGGCCAUACUACUUGGUUUCCAACAUUUCCUAGUUAUGCUAGGCACUACUGUGAUCAUCCCCACUGCACUUGUUCCUCAAAUGGGUGGAGGAAAUGAUGAGAAAGCCAGAGUAGUCCAGACAUUACUUUUUGUUGCUGGCAUCAACACUCUCUUCCAGACCUUGUUCGGCACACGCUUGCCGGCUGUGAUCGGAGGUUCAUACACCUUUGUUGCACCGAUGGUCUCUAUCGUCUUGGCCGGUCGUUACAGUGAUAUCGUGGAUCCUCAUGAGAAAUUUUUGCGUGUAAUGCGUGGAACACAGGGUGCCCUGAUCGUCGCUUCAACCCUUCAGAUCAUCGUUGGUUUCAGUGGUCUCUGGCGAAACGUUGCCAGAUUCUUAACUCCACUGGCAGCAGUUCCCCUGGUUGUGCUUGCUGGAUUUGGGCUUUAUGAGCUUGGUUUUCCCGGGGUCGCCAAAUGCAUUGAAAUUGGCUUUCCACAGAUUAUUCUUUUAGUCAUUUUCUCACAGUACAUUCCACAUGCUAUUCAUUCCGAGAAGCCUGUCUCUGAUCGAUUUGCUGUCAUAUUUUCGGUCACAAUUGUAUGGCUCUACGCAUACUUGCUUACGGUGGGAGGGGCAUAUAGACAUUCACCACUAAAGACACAACUACAUUGCCGUACAGAUCGUUCAGGACUCGUCAGUGGUGCCCCUUGGAUAAGAGUCCCAUAUCCUUUUCAAUGGGGUGCACCGACAUUUGAUGCUGGUGAAGCUUUUGCGAUGAUGGCUGCUUCAUUUGUUUCUCUUGUUGAGUCUACUGGUACUUUCAUUGCGAUUACACGAUAUGCCAGUGCAACACCGUUGCCUCCAUCAGUUCUCAGUCGUGGUAUUGGUUGGCAGGGAAUUGGUAUAUUGUUGGAUGGACUAUUUGGAACUGCUAAUGGAUCCUCAGUAUCAGUUGAAAAUGCUGGUUUGCUAGCUCUGACACGUGUCGGCAGUCGAAGGGUUGUGCAAAUAUCUGCACUAUUCAUGAUUUUCUUUUCCAUUCUUGGAAAAUUUGGAGCAAUUUUUGCGUCAAUUCCUGCACCAAUUUUCGCAGCUCUGUAUUGUCUAUUCUUUGCAUACGUUGGUGCUGCAGGUCUUAGUUUCCUUCAGUUCUGCAAUCUUAACAGCUUCCGAACUAAGUUCAUCUUAGGGUUCUCUGUUUUUAUGGGUCUGUCGAUUCCCCAGUACUUCAAUGAGUACACUUCUGUUGCUGGCUAUGGUCCAGUUCACACCAAAGCAAGAUGGUUUAAUGAUAUCAUCAACGUAACAUUCUCUUCAAAGCCAUUUGUUGCGGGCUUGGUGGCGUUUUUCCUGGACAAUACCCUGAAUAGACAUGAUGAUGCCACCAAAAGGGACAGAGGCUAUCACUGGUGGAAGAGGUUCCAAAACUUCGAGGGAGAUUCAAGAAGUGGGGAAUUCUACUCGUUGCCAUUCGACCUCAACAGAUUUUUUCCAUCCGUAUGAGCUUCGAGGCUAGGCAUUCUUCAUAGCAUAUCUCAUCUUGUCAAUUCGGAGAGUCCUUUAAGCUAGGUCACAGUGUUUAUUACUUUGCUUUUUGGCCUAAAGAAAAAUCCAGAGGUUUAAAUCCAAAUGGAUUUAUCUUUUACGACUUUCUUUUAGUAUAUGUUUGAUUUGUGUAUGUGGUGGUGAUGUGCAUAAUCUCAGAAAUGCUUUCCCUUUUCUCUC